CCCCGCCAUCGAUUACAUUGCAUUCUACAUUUACAGGUAUCAAAUCCUUUUCUAAUGCCACUCAUAUUUGUAAACGUCUUAACGAUGUUUAUCAUUUGAUAUAUCUUCCACUCUCCACCGAAUUACGAAGUUAAUAUCUUAUACUACGCAUAAUGAUUUUAAUUUCACCGUCAUCUCCAUUCUAAAAUUGGGCAAAUACAAUUACAAUUACUCUAUGCCAUAAGCCUUAAAGGCUUGAUACACUGAUACGGGAAUACCGAUACGUUAGGUUAAACUAGGUUCAAGAUGGUGGACAACGAGUUCUCACCCGAUACACUCAUCUCGAUCGAAAGAUCUUUUGAGAAUUCUUCUUUCCUUGAACCAUUUAAUAGUGAGCCAGCGCAGAGUAUAAUAACCCAAUUUGUCCAACACAUAGUGGCGCAAUCGCCCGAGAAGCAAAUCAAAUCGGGUUUCGACGAGACUCACUUGAAAUCCCACGUUGCUACUGAGAUAAUCCGCCUUGGUCUAGCUUCUCUAGGGGCUUUCUUACAGACAAAUGUUACAGGUCCAGUUCUCCAAGGUUUUAGCCCAGUUGAAGCUAUUUUUGUUUCGGCUUUCGAGAAGGAAAAGUCUGGCACAAAGUCGGUAGACCUAGACUUGUCUAUAACGUCUUUCAGGAGGCUGUGUCUCAACUGGCUUGAGGUGGACGGCGUUUCUCCAUAUCCUUACAUACCCCAUAUAGAGCUCUUUUGCUUGUCGAGAUUCAUCUUCACAACAGGCCUUGUAUUACCAACUGAGUUACCUGAAGUCUGGUCUGAUUCGCAGAAUUCUAUCUCGCUACAUCUCUCCUGGACCCGACUGAGGAUUCACCUCUGGCAUUAUAAACUCAUCACCCAACCCUCGCUAGGUUCGGGGUCUUUGUUCACCAAAAGCGGCCGCUGGACAGACGUGCCAACCCUCCAGGAGAUUAUUGAAAAAAGUAUUCUAGAAGCUGACACUUCUGUGACUAGACCGGCAGAGACAGACCAAGUCUCGGAAAAGUCACAAUGGCCUCUAGAGUACCGUAUCCAAUAUUUUCUAGAAGAGGCAGCCUGUCAUAUAUUACUCGGCAAUGACGCAAAAGCUCGAGAAGCCCUGAACUUCGCCACGAAGAUUAGUGGCUUUUCUUACGCUCUUUCUGGAGCCCCUGGAAAGCGUACACGAUUUCAAGAGAAGAAUAUCAGUCAACUCGUAGUACUUGCCAAAAGCCAUGCGCUACCUCCUACAAUACCUGAACAACACCACGCCUCCAACGCCACACCUAUUGCGCUCCCCCUAAACGAUGAUACUUUGUUAGAGAACAUCAAGUUUGAUAACCAUGGAACCGACAGUCGAGCUUCCCUUCUUCCAGUUGAAUUACAGGAUAUUAAACCGGACGAACAACCGCAGCUUCUUCCGGAGGACCACAUCAUCCUUUUAACAGAAGCAACCAUGAGGGAUACCUUUUCGCCUGCUGAUUCGCUGACUUCGGAAGAGAUUUUACCCUUCGCUCUCCGAGUGAUUGACGAUAAGUCAACCAACUGGCAAACAUACACCCAAGCCCUUCUCGUACGGUCACGAAUUGAGUUGAACAGAAGUAGAACUGUUGAACGUGCAGUUUUGCAGAUGCAGGCCCUUGUGGAUCAGGUCAUCGUGGAUAUGCAAGAGACCAAUGGCUUAGAUGGGACGCGACGUCAAGGUGCAAAUAAGCCAGAAGCUACACCCGAUAUCCCCGCCAUCCAAGUGACGCCUGAUAGCGGGGAGGGUCGACAGGACGACCUUCAAAAGCCAACAUCAUUUCUCCCUGCUCCCAAACCGGCCGAGUCAGCAUCGCCGCAGGAGAGGCUACGGUAUGUCAAUGCUUUGUCGGCUCCACCGCGUUGGCACCUCGAGUCCGAGCUCGCCUACGCCUGGACGACGGUUGGGUCACUUGCCUCAGCCUUGGAGAUAUUCAAACGCCUACGGCUGUGGGCAGAAGUUGCUCUCUGUCUAGCAAGUAGCGCGGCGGCUGAUGAUCAGGAAGGUCGGGGUAGCGGGGGUGAGGAGAAAGCUCGGGCUAUCGUGCGAUGGCGGUUAUUCAAUCGCACUCCUGAUGCUAACAGCGCCGCGAAUCCGAAAGAUGAUUACGACGGGGACGAUGUCGAAUUCGAUAUCUCAUCUCUAAAAGCGUCUGACUUCUAUGGUUCAGAACGCUCUCCCCUACCUCCCAAUGCCCCUCGCUUAUUUUGCAUACUGGGAGACAUAGAGGAUGAUCCUAAGCACUAUCAACGUGCAUGGGAUGUUUCCAAUAGACGGUUUUCAAGGGCGCAGAGGUCGCUCGGUGAGCUCUAUCUCCGAACGCAGAAAUGGGAAGAAGCUCGAGAAGCAUACAAACUUGCUGUUGGAGUUAAUCGGUUAAGCUCAGACAUGUGGAGCAGACUUGGUGAUAUCGAGCUUCGUCUUGGAAACUUCCCCGACGCAGCUGAGGCGUUCCAGAGAGCAAUCUCAAGCGCAAAUAACACUUCCGGUGGUGAAGAUGCGAAGACUUGGAGCAACCUUGGAACUUCACUGUUAAGUUGGUAUCGCCAAAUCAUCUCGGAGACACGAGACCGGCAGCAAAAACUUGGCAAGGAUGAUUCCGACUCUUUAGACGGGAUGACAAGCACGAAGCGCGCCGCGGAACUCGGAAAGUCCGCACAUAAUAUAUUGCAUGACUCCUUAGUGGCCUUUAAGCGUGGAGCAACACUCGCCGACUCGAACUGGAGAAUUUGGGACAACGUAAUCACUCUGGCGGCAAGUAUCUCGCCGAAUCCGGACUUAGAAGAUGUAGUUCUCGGAGUUAGAAAUGUAAUCCGCAUUCGCAAGAGCGAAGACGCAUUAGAUCUUGAUAUCCUAACCCUCCUGGUUAGAGAGGCGACCAAGACGCCUGUCCCCACCAACAUCGAAGAAGGGAAAAUAUUCGAGCCAGCAAGAGGCACCAUCGAAAGCAAGAUCGUCUCACUCUUCGAAAAUGAUAUCGUAUCCCUCAUUACGACGAAUUCGGCAUCCUGGGCUCUGGUGUCACGCCUUCGUGCCUGGAAGAAAGACUGGACUGGGGCACUGGACGCUGCGGAGAAGGCGUGGAGGACGGCUGUCGGCGGGGUCGGGAGCUCGUUGUCAGCAUCUGGCGGCGCAGAAAGCCAACAUGGGAGCUGGCUAACAGAUGCAGACGCAUGGGAUGCUGUAGUUCAAAGGACAUCGGAGCUAGUAGCGGCGUACGAGAAUUAUGGAUCACGCAUAGAUACAAUCGGUACUAAGUGGAAGGGUAAGGCGAGAAGCGCGGUUAGGAGCGUAAUGGGGAAGGCCAAGGAUUCGUGGGAGGGCGAUCAAAGAUGGCAAACAUUGGCCGACAUGAUGGAGGACUUACGAUUGUAGGGGAAAAUGUCACCCUGCUGAAAUAUAGUAGUCCCUUCUUUCUGUGAUUAUAAAUAGGUAUCCAGUGUUAAUAAAAUCUUGAGGAACAUUGACA